AUGUCGACCUACCAGAACGGCAUGGCGCCGGCAGGCGACAGCGAUGCCGAGGAGGAGGCCCUCGUAGCCGAGUACAAGGAGCAGGUCCAGUACGAGGACGGUGAGGAGCUGAGCCAGACCAACUCGGCCCCCCAGGCGGACGACAUCCAGGCGCGUCUUGUCCAGGCUGCGCAGCCUCUCGACUUCUCGGCACCCCUGGACGUCAAGUUCCAGAGCUACGAUGCCUACUGCAGCCUGUUCCACUUCAUCCUCAACUCGGAAGGUCCCGUUGACCUCGAGCCCCCUUCUUACUACUGGGCUUGGGAUGCCAUUGACGAAUUCAUCUACCAGUUCAACUCAUUCUGCUCGUACCGGUCGCGGAUCGCCAGGCAGGCCAACAACGAGGAGGAGAUGCAGAUCCUCCGAGAGAACCCCAACACGUGGGGUUGCUACAGUGUGCUCAAUGUUCUGUACUCGCUGAUCCAGCGGUCGCAGAUCACGGAGCAGCUGGCAGCCACGAAGCGCGGCGAGGACCCGGCGGCGGUGGCGGGCGAGUACGGGUCCAAGAACCUGUACAAGAUGCUGGGCUACUUCUCCAUCAUCGGCCUGCUCCGCGUGCACUGCCUCCUGGGCGACUUCAGCCUAGCGCUCAAGACGCUCGAUGACAUCGAGCUCAACAAGAAGGCCAUGUUUGCGCGCGUCAUGGCGGCGCACUUCACGACGUACUACUACGUUGGGUUCUCGUACAUGAUGAUGCACCGUUACACCGACGCCAUCCGCAUGUUCAGCCACAUCCUCAUCUACGUAUCGAGGACCAAGAACUUCCAGAAGAACGCGCAGUUCGACUCCAUCAGCAAGAAGAACGAGCAGAUGUACGCCCUCAUCGCCAUCUGCGUCGCCUUCCAGCCCACACGCCUCGACGACACCAUCCACAGCGCCCUGCGCGAGAAGUACGGCGACCAGCUCCUCAAGCUCCAGCGCGGCGGCCCCGAAUCCCUCCCCAUCUUCGAGGAGCUCUUCCGCGCUGCCUGCCCCAAGUUCAUCUCCCCGGUGCCCCCGGACUUUGAGAACCCCGAGGCCAACGUUGACCCGGUCGAGCACCACCUCUCCGUCUUCAUGGACGAGGUCAAGACCAACAUGUGGAGCCCCACUAUCAAGUCCUACCUCCGCCUCUACACCACCAUGGACCUCUCCAAGCUGGCCGGUUUCCUCGAGGUCGCCCCCGAGGAGCUGCGCUCCUGGCUGCUGGUUGCCAAGCAGCGCACCAAGCAGCUCCGCUGGCAGGAUGCGGGUCUGCUCGAUGGUGAGCUGGUCAAUGUCAGCGACCUCGACUAUGCUCUCCAGGGUGACCUGAUCCACGUCUCCGAGGCCAAGGUUGGGAGGAAGCUUGUCGACUGGUACCUGAGGAACCUGUCGCGCACCUACAACUAA